AUGUAUAGAUCAGCAAGCACGAAUCGAGUUACAGAUGAUCGCUACAAUUACCAUUUAUCCCCUUCCCCAAGCUCUUCAAAGGGUUCAUCUCCGGCUCUAAGAGCACUAUCACUGGAAACUAGUGAGCUGCCUGUUUAUGAACCACUCUCUGAGGCAGCUAAGAAGGAGAGGACUCGCGCCAAGUUUGCAGAAAACGCCAUUCAUAUCAUACCUGUUGUGCUUCUCUUGUGUGCAUUCAUUCUCUGGUUCUUUUCUAAUCCAGACAUUGACGUACCCGUGAAAGAAAAUGCCGUUGCUGCGAAAAUCGAAGGCUUGACACUUGAAGGGGAGGUUGAUAGUGAUGGUACAGGUCAAUUGCCUAUGGAGUUGGGGGAUUUUGAUUCAGCAAAGAUAGAAGAUACUAAAAAAUCCAUUUCAGACAUUAUCAGAUCAUUAUGA